CCGGCUGCCCGCUGCCCGCGAUGCCCAUGCAGGGCGGUGCGCUGAGUCCCGAGGAAGAGCUGCGGGCUGCGGUGCUGCAGCUGCGCGAGACCGUCGUGCAGCAGAAGGAGACGCUGGGCGCGCAGCGCGAGGCCAUCCGCGAGCUCACCGGCAAGCUCGCGCGCUGCGAGGGACUGGCGGGCAGCAAGGCGCGGGGCGCGGCGGCCACGGGCAAGGACACUAUGGGCGACCUACCGCGGGAUCCGGGCCACGUCGUGGAGCAGCUCAGUCGAUCGCUGCAGACACUCAAGGAUCGCUUGGAGAGCCUCGAGCAACAGCUACGAGUGAACGCAUCCAACGCGGGGCUGCCCGGUGACUUUCGCGAGGUGCUCCAGCGGCGGCUGGGAGAGCUGGAGAGGCAGCUGCUGCGCAAGGUGGCAGAGCUGGAGGACGAGAAGUCCCUGCUGCACAACGAGACCUCUGCUCACCGGCAGAAGACCGAGAGCGCCCUGAACGCGCUGCUGCAGAGGGUGACGGAGCUGGAGCGAGGCAACAGUGCAUUUAAGUCACCAGAUGCAUUUAAAGUGUCCCUCCCCCUCCGCACUAAUUACCUGUACGGCAAGAUCAAGAAGACACUGCCCGAACUGUACGCCUUCACUAUCUGCCUGUGGCUGCGGUCCAGCGCCUCACCGGGCAUCGGUACCCCCUUCUCGUAUGCAGUCCCUGGACAGGCCAAUGAGAUUGUGCUGAUAGAGUGGGGCAACAAUCCCAUUGAGCUGCUCAUCAAUGACAAGGUUGCACAGCUGCCCCUGUUUGUCAGUGACGGCAAGUGGCACCACAUCUGUGUCACCUGGACAACACGAGACGGCAUGUGGGAAGCUUUCCAGGAUGGGGAGAAGCUCGGCACUGGGGAGAACCUGGCCCCAUGGCACCCUAUCAAGCCAGGUGGCGUGCUGAUCCUCGGGCAGGAGCAGGACACUGUUGGGGGCCGGUUCGAUGCUACUCAGGCGUUUGUGGGGGAGCUUAGCCAGUUCAACAUAUGGGACCGCGUCCUCCGCGCACAAGAAAUUGUCAACAUUGCCAACUGCUCCACAAACAUGCCCGGCAACAUCAUCCCGUGGGUGGAUAACAACGUCGAUGUGUUUGGGGGCGCCUCCAAGUGGCCAGCGGAGACCUGCGAGGAGCGUCUCCUUGACUUGUAGCUGCCUCCUCUCCAUCCAGGAGGCUGAGGUUAGGCUAUCCUGGGAGUCCAGGGUAACUUACUUCCCCCCGUUAAACUGUGUAAAGCCUCUUGCCAGGAUGGGCUGGGGCCCCCAGUGCCCACUCCUAGGGAAUCUCGAAGACUGAGGCUGUGUGGCAGUAUUUGUCACCAGCUUAUUUGUUACCAAGAUUUUUGUUUGGGGGAUGGUACCAGAAUCCCCUGGGAAGAAGCCCUGAGCCGCAAGUGGGCAAAUAUCUGACUUCCUGCUGUGGGUGAGGUUGAAGUUCACGCCCCUCCCCAGCACCCUGUAAAUGCUAGUGCAGCCCCAGCCCCACCUACCCUCUUGGAGCUCUGGUCCCAUGUGUGCGCCUCUCGUCUGUCCCUUUAGUGGCUUUGUAGCCACCCGCUGGAGUGUCCCUUGUGUGUUGAGCACAUCCCUGCCGUGAACCGAGCACGCAGCAAAGCAGCCACCACCACCACCACCACCCCCCAUCUGCAGAGGUCCUAUCCUGUGUGUCUAUGUGUUGUGACUCUCUCCUUCUGAGGACUCUUGAGCUGGUGGAGGAGGGCCACUAUCGAAAGCCCUGCCUUUCUCAAAGCAGAGGCCAUAGUGGCUGUAGAGGGGAAGAUUUGGGGGGAUUCUGAAUGGAGAAGGGCCAUGCCCAAGCUCCUCCCCAUCUGUCAUCUCUUCCUCAGAACGAUGCUUUGACUGAAUCCUCACUAGAUAUGGCUUUGAAAAGGCCUCUCUUCUCAUCUGGUGCCAAAGCACAGUCCCAGCUUUUACAAUCAUUUGGUGUGGUUGGGGAGGUAUAUCUUUCUCCUGACAGCAAAGGACAGUCAUUAAAAGGCUCCCACUUUGCGACGUUUCAUCCCACUGUGAGGAGUGUGCUCAUUUUUAAUUCCUGUUUAUUCCUGUGAGCAUUUGACUGUCUCCAUCAACUAUUUCCCCGAGAACUUUUUAAGAAAACGGAUGUCAUUUGGCUGACUUGUGCUUAGUGACUCCAGGCUGCUUCAUCUAUGGGACAGAAGUAGUUAUUUAUUUUAAAGAUAAAACUAUUCAAUGGGGAAAUUUAUAAAGCUAAAUAUUAUAUAUUUUAUUUUUCAUACAUGUUUGAAGUGCAGAUGUGUGGAAAUUCCAUUCGUAGGACCAAGUUGACAUGCCCAUCCUGACACUGUAUGCCUCAAGACCUUCUGAUGAUGGAAUUUUGAUUAAAGUGCACUGGAAGAUG